AUGGCACCCGCAAAACUGAAGGAGUCUAAGAAAAGUUUGGUGGCGUUAGGACACCUAAAGGAAGCCCUUAGCGGGGUUGCGUACAUUGCGGAUGCGAUGAAUGCGCCGUUCGUGAAGGCCGGGCUACAAGUCGCAAUCAAGCUGAUCGAUACGGCUGAGUGCACCGUAAAGAACAAGAGUGAUUGCCAUGAGCUCGCGCGCACUGCUGCUCAGACGAUGCUGGAUCUAGCUGAAUCUCUGAAGGGGAAGCGACUCGAGGAUAUUAGUGCGAGCCUGCAGUUGCAGUUGGAGAAUCUACAGUCUAAAAUGUUGGAUAUAUGUCGCGGUAUGGAAGAAAUGACUGCCCGGAGCAGCUUCAAGCGGUUUAUAGCAGGGAAGUUGGACGCCGACAUGAUUGCUAGCUGGAAGAAAUACCUGGAAGAUGCACGAUGGAAGUUCAUUCAACACGGUGACAUCAAUAUUCAAGUUGGGGUAGCCCAAAUCAACAGAAAACUUGAUAUCAUGUCUGGAUCCAGAUGGGAUGAGCAAACCAACAAUGCCCAGAGGAUUCCACCACCAAUGCCAUCUAUAUUCCACGGCAGAGAGACUGAGGUAUCAAAUGCUGUUGACAAGAUAUUAGGCCCCACACAGACCCACUUGGCAAUUCUGGGUUCUGGAGGGAUGGGCAAGACCUCUCUGGCUUUGGCCAUCCUGCAUCAUCCUCAGAUCAAACAUCAUUUCAAGGAUCACAUCUACUUUGUCCCCUGUGAUUCAGCUACCAGUCCUGACCAACUUGUGUCACAUAUCUUGACUACCCUGGCAGUCCAGAAGAAGCAUGGGCAAGACAUUCUAACAAGCUUAAAUGCCUUUCUACAAGCUGUGCCCCAGCUGUUGCUGGUUCUGGACAAUUUUGAGACUCCAUAUUAUGAUACAGAGAAUAACCAGGGGAUUGUGCAAGUCCUGAGCAGGAUCACAUGUGUCCCUCAGGUGACUCUUGUUAUCACUAUGAGAGGGAAUUCCACUCCUAGGGGGGCUAUCUGGGGAGAUGCACUGGAACUCAGGCCCAUAUCUUUGGAAGCCUCAAGGAAGAUAUUCUUUGACAUCACCCAGCAGCAUCAAGAUGAUGUGCUUGACAGGCUCUUGGAAAAGCUGGACUACAUUCCUUUGGCAGUUACUCUGGUCUCCCAUCUGGCAAAGUCUGAAUCUGUGUCCCAUCUUCUUAGGCAAUGGGAAAGGCAGAAAACUGCCAUGCUUCAGGAUGAUACUGCUAAUGAAAAGCACAACAAUGUCCAAAUCUCCAUUGAACUGUCCUUGCAGAGCAAGAUUGUCCAACAGGCUAAAGAUGCUCUGCCUCUCCUAGCUCUGAUAUCAGGCCUCCCAGAUGGCCUAUUGGCUGUUUCCCAGAUAGAGGAUGAAGAUGGUCUAGAGAAGUUGGAAGCAAUGACACCCCAUAUGGAGGACAGAGAUAUGGCUCUCAAGGCCCUCUUGAAGGCAGGACUUGUACAGAAGACUGGUGAUAACCUGACUGUCCUCUCUCCAAUCCAGUACUAUGUCCUGAAGCAAUGUCCAUUGGGUGCAGUGCACAGAAGAGCACUGGAGAACUACUUUAUCACCUUGAUCCAGAAACAUUUCCAUCACUUCAAUGAUACACUGUCAAGAGAAUCUGGGAACAUAACUGCUCUCCUCAAGCAUGCAUGCCAAAGCAAACAUGAUAUCUAUGCAGAAAUCCUGAUGGCAGCAUACAAGAUGUCAUGGUUCCUCAUAAACCAUAACAUACCCCAAGCACAACUACUUUUUGAUUCUCUCCUCCCCCUUGUGGUGGAGAUGAAUGGAGGUGUAUUUCUGGUGGAGUGUGAGGUCCUUGCUGGCAUCACAUUGCUAAGACAAGGCAGAAAUACUGCAGCCCAGAAGCAAAUUGAACAAACAUUGAAGCGCAGCCAGGAGCUGAACUACACAAGUGGAAUUUCUCAGAGCCACCACUGUCUUGGGAUGAUUUUGCGCAUGCAGGAUCAAUAUGCUGAGGCUGUUGCCCAUUUCAGACUGGCAAUUCCUGGAUAUCAGCAGAGUCAACAACCAGAUCGAGUGGCUGCAUGUCAUACAGCUAUGGGUGACAUGCUAAGACUGGAAGGCAAGCCUGCUGAGGCUGUGAUUCAAUUAAAAGAAGCAUUCAGCCUGGCCAAACAAGUUGGCAGUCAUGACACAAUAGCUGAAUGCCUUUGGAGCAUGGGAGAGUGUUUGAGAAUGCAGAGACAGCACACUGAGGCAGUUCAGAAAUUGGAGGAAUCACUGGCUUACUACAAAGAAACCAAAAACAAGCCCUCAAUGGCUCAGUGCCUCUGGAGCUUAGCCAACAUUUUGCUCUUUGAGAAGAAGCAUAUCCAAGCUCAAGCAAUGUUGCAAGAGGCAGUGAAACUUCACAAGGAGGUGAACAACAAGGGUGGUGUGGCUGAGUGCUAUGGGAGCAUGGCACUAGUGGCUCUCAGGAUGGGUCCAGAAGGAAUGGACAAUGCCUUGCGUCUAGUUGGAGCCUCCAUGAUUAUCUGGCAUGAGCUAUCCGAUUAUUCUGGGAUUGCCAUGACCUUCAGACUUGGGCUCCCUGAACAGGCUGCAGAAUGUGCCCAGGAGCUACAGCACAAUCUCCAACUUGCAGCAGAUUUUAUGGCAUACCAUGGUGGCCACUCAGAGUAG